CUUGCGUUUUGCUCCGCGAGGGAAACCUGACACCUGUCCAGAUCCCAUGAGACGAAGAUGCAACCCAUCAAGGUCACGAAAACAACGGGAAGUCGGCAACCUGUGCUGCACAGUGCACACAGCCUUUGACAGCACGUGCGCAGCGCGCGAGCCAGAUCUAGCUGGUAGUACAGAUGGGCAGCAUCGGCGGCGGCGGCUCGCCGGAGGAGCGCGCGGCGGCCGGUGGGCCGGUGUGCGUGACGGGGUCGACCGGCUACGUCGGCUCGUGGCUCGUCCGCGCCCUGCUCCGCCGCGGCUACCGCGUCCACGCCACCGCCCGCGACCCAGACAAGGCGUGGCGGGUGUUCUCCGCCGUGGAGGAGGGGAAGGACCAGCUGCGGGUGUUCCGGGCGGACAUGGCCGGCGAGGGGAGCUUCGACGCCGCCGCGACCGGCUGCGUGGCGUUCUUCCAUGUCGCCGCCUCCAUGGACAUCCACGUCCCACCCCAGAAUGGCAACGACAACAACAUCGAGGAGCACGUGAGGACGCGGGUGCUGGAGCCGGCGACGAGGGGAACCAUCAACGUGCUUCAAUCCUGCGUCCGCGCGGGGACAGUGCGCAGGGUCGUCUUCACGUCGUCCAUCAGCACGAUGACGGCGGCGACGACGACGGCGGCGACCGGGCGGCGCAAGGCCGUCGUCGACGAGUCCUGCCUCCGCGCCGCCGCCGACGUCUGGAACACCAAGCCCAUCGGCUGGGUUUACAUCCUGUCGAAGCUGAUGACGGAGGAGGCGGCAUUCGGGUUCGCGAGGGAGAAUGGCAUCAAUCUGGCGUCGCUCGUGCUGCCGACGGUGGCCGGCCCGUUCUUGACGCCGAAUGUGCCUACCAGCAUCCAGCUCCUCCUCUCACCAAUUACAGGCAAACAAAUUCUCCAUCACACAAGUGAUCCGAAGCUGUAUUCUCUGCUGGCAUCUGUGCACUCCAGGUUCGGGUGUGUGCCAUUGGCACACAUCCAGGACGUGUGCGACGCUCACGUGUUCUUGAUGGAGACGGAGCAAGCGGAUGGACGGUAUCUGUGCGCCGGAGGGAGCUAUCCGAUGGCCCAGAUUGCUCAGAUUCUGUCCUUGCACUACCCUCCUUUCAAACCUGCAAAAAGCUGCAGGUUAAGCAAAGAUUUCCAUGGCUCAAACCCGUCGGUGGUAUCGUCCAAGCGGCUGAGGGAUUUGGGGUUCAGGUUCGAGUAUGAUGUUGAGGAAAUCAUCAAGAACAGCGUCGUACAGUGCGUUGAUCAUGGAUUCCUGCAGGAUCCCGACAGUUCCAACUGUUAGUGGUAGUAGAGUAGUGAGUAGUGACGCUCAGUGAGACAGUGACUGAGCCAAGUUGCUGUCUGGUUGGGCCUGAAAGGCUUUCUUUCUUGUACUACUAGUAGUUAGUACUUGUAAUUCAGUAAUGUAUUGUAUUGACAAGAGAUCAAGGCGGUAUGAAAUCA